GCCGUCUGUUCUACGAUGCAGGGCUUCAGAGGGCAAGACAAUUCUUAGUUGCUGAUCAUACGUUGAACAGACCAGGGAUAAUUAACAUCAUAACCAUGUCAGAGGACCAGAUUAUCAACCAAAUGCCUGUUGUUGACAUAGGACAGCUGGGUGUGGAUCACACAUCAGAGCCAACAGAGGAGGAGUUUUUAAGGGUCGGAAAAGAAAUUUCGGAUGCCUUUCAAGAGCAUGGAUUUGUUUAUCUUAGUGGACUUGGCAGCCUGGAGGAACAGGUCAACAGAAUGGAAAAAGCAGGCUCCACAUUCUUCGACCUCCCACGAAAAGAUAAAGAAAAGUACCAUCUUAAUGUUAACAAAAAAGAGGGUUACAUGGCUAUCAACGAACAACGGUUAGACUACGACUAUUCCCACGAACUCCACGAAUCCUACGACAUAAUGAGAGGAGAUGGAAUCUUUCCCGACGACAUUGUUCCAGAUUUCAGGCCCGCAGCUAAAAACCUACUAGACUCGUUAAAGAUGCUCACAGAACGCAUUCUGACUGCAAUUACACUGGGACUAGAACUCGACAGGAACGUCAUUACAAAUCUUCACAAAAACGUGUCUAGUGACAGUGGUAUGACAGCUCUUCGCCUGCUCCACUAUCCACCUGUGCCACAACACCUCUUAAAAACUUCUACUCGAUUUGGUGCCCACACCGACUGGGGCACCAUUACCUUUAUAUUUCAAGAUGAGGUGGGAGGACUAGAGGUACGUCUCAACAACGGUGACUGGGCCAGCGCAGUGCCCAUUCCAGGAACUGUGUUGCUGCUGGUUGGUGAAAUGUUCGAUAUACAGACUUCACAUAAAUUCAGAGCACUGGAACACAGAGUCGUGAUUCCAGAAGAGGAUUCACUAAAAGGGAGGAGCAGACGAUCCACGACAUUCUUCGUAAUGCCGGAUAAACACGUGCAAGUUAAGCCUCUUUGGGGGUCGCCGGUAACAGAAGCCUUGUCAGUUGAGGAAUUUCUCACGAGAAAACUCAAAGGAACCCUGAAGUACUGACAUCUUUCACUUAACUGUCAUUCACCUCAUUACUGGUAAACAUGGUUAUCUAUAGGGAAAAUUUUGUAUUUUAUCAUUUGCUAGAGUAUGAUUGGGUACAAGAUGCAUUUAACUCAUUCAUAGGUAUUUAUAUAUGUUGUUUACGGUCCAAGAAGUUAUAAUUUCCAUUUUUGGUACCUACGUCUGGUGCAAUAAAAAAAAUACAGCAACUUCCUUUAAAAACAGUGUGAUUAAGAUGUAUAUAUUGUAGUAAUGAAAUAACUGCAAAAGAUAUUGCAAAUCUGUACAACGUUUUCUUCUAAACGCUUGAAAAAGUCUUUAAUCACGUGAUCUGAAUAUAAUUGAUAUAUGAUCUAUAAGCUAAUAAAAAAAGUGACCUUUAGCUACGCUCUCUCUCUCUCUCUCUCUCUCUCUCUCUCUCUCUCUCUCUCUCUCUCUCUCUCGUGUGUGUGUGUGUGACAACAAGAAGGAAUGGUAAAUAAAAUGGUUACAUGUUAAGUAUAACAAUAUAAAAGCUAAAAAUUGACUCAGACUCUAAAUUCACUGCUUGUCACAAUCGCUGUGCGUUCACAAAAAACAGGCAUGACAUAAACUAUUGUUUUGUUAUACCAAUAACUUCGAUAACAACAACAUAACACUACAGAGUACGUAGAAUGAACCCGAUAAUAAGUAUCUAUGAGGACUCGAAUGAGAUAUACUGGAAUAAGAUAACGAAUCUUUCAACAUUUCACACCACAAACAAGAUAAAGUUUCUUACAAGACAUUAUCUUGUCUCAUUAUGUUUCAUUAUGUACCCUACGCCCUGGCUAUGAAUAACUAAUACAGGGAUAGCUGCAGUUAGUAACUGAUCUGUAGUUAAUAAGACAGUACGGUAACUUUGGCCUACAAAACAUGAACUGAAAUUCCCGUUUUCCCUUUCCAUUCGUAUACAAGGUGAAUUCACAUAAUAAUUGGUUAUAUUGCGGUAUUAUCAUGAGUAAAUUAUUUUGUAUUUACUGUACCUUUACAACGUUUAGAUUUUUAAGAGGCCAAAGUUCAAAGUUCUGUGAUUUUCGCGAGAUUCUGAUUACACUAAAAAUGAAACAAUCAACAUGAAAUCAGCAGAAACUAAUUCUUUAUACAUGAAAUAUAUUACGUGUAAAAUCAACUCUUCUUAGACUAUAAGGAAAUAUACUUGGGAGUAACUGAUAAACA